AGUCGAGAAAGGGGAGAGUGUGUUCCCAGGUCUCUCUCUCUCUCCGCGCGACUCUUUCCACUCCGGGUUCUUGUACCCGGACUGACCCGAUGGAGCUCUAACACUCCGGGCUUUUCUCAAAGUCAAUCGUGUCCCACGCAGAGGAGGUUCGAGCGCCACCACGGGAAGACUCAGGUGACCCGUCCAUCCAGGUGUGCGGGAGAGUGGAAGCGUCGUCUCCCGGGCCGUGAUCGGAAGGUCCAGGCGGGAGGAAGAGAAGCGGUCCACCCCGCGCUCCAGCUGCUCCAGGCCGAACGAGCGCUGCCGCAAAUAUGGAUAUUGACCAUUGUCCCUGUCGGAAGAAAUGGAGACCGUGGCGCGUGGAGCUGUCAUCGCUCGCGCUGGUGCUGGUGACGCUCGCGCUGUGCCAAACCACCGUGGUCCGAGCAGAUCCAGUGGACGUGCUGAGAGCGCUGCAGGUUCCGACGCUCCCUGAAGGCGUCAAGAAAGUUCCUGGCUUCUGCACAUCUCGCCGCUCCAGCAGUCCCGAUCAUGCCUACCGCAUCUCCAAGAGGGCCCAGAUCUCUGCCCCCACCAAGCAGCUCUUCUCAGGUCGCUUCCCGGAGAACUUCUCCAUCAUGGCUCUGGUGAAAGCUCACGCUGGUCUCCAGGCGUUCCUUCUCUCCAUCUACAGUGAGCAGGGCAUUCAGCAACUGGGCAUCGAAAUGGGCCGCUCGCCCGUUUUCCUCUACGAAGACCAGAACGGCAAGCCCGCGCCUGAAGACUACCCGCUGUUUAAAGGCGUCAACCUGGCUGAUGGCAAGUGGCACCGAAUCGCUUUCUCUGUCUCAAAGAAAAAUGUGACUCUGCUGCUGGACUGCAAGAAGAAGAUGACUCGGCAUCUUCCCCGCGGCAACAACGCAGUGGUGGACACCAACGGCAUCACAGUCUUUGGUGCUCGUCUGCUCGAUGAGGAAGUUUUCCAGGGAGACAUCCAGCAGUUGUUGAUCGCUUCCAACGCCCAGGCUGCCUACGACUUCUGCGAACACUACAGCCCCGACUGUGACUCCCCUCUACCUAAGACCCAAGCUCAGGACCCCAACACCUACAAGAAAGCAUCAAAUGGAAAAGCGGCUCCCACCAAGUCCACCGUGGUAAAGCCCAAACCCACCCCGGUUAAGGCGGCCAAGUCCGGGUCCUACAAGCUCGUCGUCAAGCCCUCGAUGCCCACUAAAUCCAAGAUUUCGAUUGUGAAAUCAUCAAAGGCUAAACCAACUGCUGUUGCCAUGUUGCUGUCUAGGAUCAAACCUACUGCCGGCGGCAAGUCCAAACCUACCGCUGCCCCACUUAAGAAUGGUAAAACAACUGUUGAGAAGAAAACCAUUGGAGCCAAUGGUAAAGUUGUUAUAACUAAAACUAUUAGCAAAACAACUGCGAUCAAAGUCAAUGGCAAUGGCAAAACAGUUGUUGAGAAAAAAAACAAUGGCAACGGGAAAUCCUCAGUGGAGAAGAAAGUCACGGCGUCAAAGGCUAACACAAGUGGCAACGGCAAAGCAUCUACGGACAAAAAAGCCAACGGAAAACUAGUUCAAAUCAAAGAGCUUAAAGUUAAUGGGAAGUCCGAGAGCAAAGCCAAUGGGUUUGCCAAAGCCAACGGGAAAGUUGUCGACAAAAUAACUGUGGGAGAGAGGAAAGUUGGCAACGGCCAGGUUAGAAUGGAAACCACUUCAAAGGCCAAGACCGAGAAGAUAGUGAAGGUCGAAAAGACUGUUGUCAGCGCAGCCAAAUCGGCCAAAGUCGAGAUCAAGGCUGCCAAACCAACAAAGAUGUCGAUAGCCAUGUCCACCAAAUCUCCGGCAGCUAAAGCUAAUGGAAAGGCUCAAGUCAAAGAGAUCAGCAAAGUCAAAACUGUGGUCACCAAAAUCCCGAUCACCAAGUCGUCAGCCAGGACCGUGGUGGAAAAGAAAGUCAUUUCAACCUCCGCCCCCGUUCGUCCCACCCCACCUCGACCCACAAAAUCCAAGGUGGUGCUGGACAAUAAUGUCAAAUCCCACCACAGACCUUUCCCUCCCUUUGGCAAGACUGCGUUGAGCGGAGCUGCCGUCGCAGCGAAGAAAGCUACCAACGGUUACCAACAGGACGUAGAGUAUUCCGAGGCUGGCCACACCACUACUGAGACCGAUUAUUACUAUGAGGAGUCGCUCGCUCCGACUGACGGUGAGGUGAUCGAAGAAGAGACUCCCCACCAGCCCCCGAUGGAGACGGCAAUUGAGGGUGAGCCGGUCGACCACACCAAGGCAGGUGGUGCCGCCGAAGAGUCCUUCACUGAGGAGUAUGUGACCGGUGACGUGGGACUGAAGGAAUACGACUAUUCCUAUCGGGACUAUGGCGAGCCGAUGGUGGAGCGGGGCGAGAUCGACGCCGACAUGGGCCCCGCCCUGUCCGCUGUGACGGACGAGGGAGGCGCUGCUGUCAGGGGCCAGAAAGGAGAGAAAGGAGAACCUGCUGUCCUGGAACCUGGCAUGCUGAUCGAAGGGCCUCCUGGACCCGAGGGCCCGUCUGGCCCCACAGGACCACCUGGAAGUUCAGGACCUCCAGGCUCUGUUGGUGAUCCUGGAGAGAGGGGUCCUCCUGGAAAACAUGGUCUCCCUGGAGCUGAUGGAGUCCCCGGCCCUCCAGGAUCCUCUGUCAUGUUGCCUUUCCGCUUCGGACAGGGUGGUGGCGAUAAAGGUCCAGUUGUGUCUGCACAGGAAGCCCAGGCUGCCGCCAUCUUGUCUCAAGCUCGAAUGGCGCUGAAGGGACCUCCAGGACCAAUGGGAUUCACCGGACGCCCCGGACCCCUGGGCACUCAAGGAAGUCCUGGUCUGAAAGGAGAAAGUGGAGAUCCAGGACCUCAGGGGGGCCGCGGACCUCAGGGGACGAUGGGGCCGCCGGGCAAAUCUGGCAGACGAGGCCGCGCCGGGGCCGACGGAGCCAGAGGGAUGCCCGGAGAGACCGGGUCCAAGGGCGACCGUGGUUUUGAUGGUCUCCCAGGUUUGCCAGGUGAAAAAGGAAACCGGGGUGACAGUGGACCAAUGGGACCAUUGGGAUCUCAAGGAGAAGAUGGAGAACGGGGAGAUGACGGCGAGGUCGGACCUAGAGGUCUUCCUGGUGAACCAGGCCCUCGUGGUUUGUUGGGUCCCAAAGGUCCUCCUGGCAUCGCCGGACCUCCUGGUGUCAGAGGAAAUGACGGUCCCCAGGGUCCUAAAGGAAACUUGGGUCCUCAAGGAGAACCAGGACCUCCUGGUCAGCAGGGAACUUCAGGAACUCAGGGAAUGCCAGGACCCCAGGGAGCUACAGGUCCACCUGGAGAGAAGGGUCCCACUGGGAAGCCAGGUUUGCCAGGAAUGCCGGGCGCCGAUGGUCCCCCGGGUCACCCAGGAAAAGAAGGACCAACUGGCACCAAAGGAAACCAGGGACCCAAUGGGCCUCAGGGAGCGAUUGGUUAUCCUGGUCCUCGUGGUAUCAAGGGCGGUCAAGGAAUCCGUGGACUGAAGGGACACAAAGGAGAGAAGGGAGAAGACGGUUUCCCUGGCGUCAAGGGCGACUUUGGUGUCAAAGGCGAGAGGGGUGAAAUUGGAGUGACAGGACCAAGAGGAGAAGACGGUCCUGAGGGGCCUAAGGGUCGUGUUGGACCGCCUGGUGAGCUCGGACCAAUUGGACCAGUAGGAGAGAAGGGUAAACUCGGUGUACCAGGAGUGCCUGGAUAUCCUGGAAGACAAGGACCAAAGGGAUCUCUUGGAUUCCCAGGAUUCCCUGGUGCAAAUGGCGAGAAGGGAACAAGGGGUAUGGGUGGAAAAGCAGGACCAAGAGGACAACGUGGGCCAACGGGCCCUAGAGGUCAAAGAGGACCACGAGGAGCUACUGGCAAGCCUGGAGCAAAGGGAACUUCAGGAAGUGAUGGUCCCCCCGGCCCACCAGGAGAGAGGGGAUUGCCAGGACCUCAGGGAGCCAAUGGUUUCCCCGGACCCAAAGGCCCUCCGGGACCACCAGGAAAGGAUGGACUUCCUGGGCACCCUGGACAGAGAGGAGAAGUUGGAUUCCAAGGUAAAAUGGGUCCACCUGGACCUCCUGGUGUCGUUGGACCUCAGGGACCUUCUGGAGAGACCGGCCCGAUGGGCGAGCGUGGCCACCCCGGACCACCAGGUCCACCUGGAGAGCAGGGACUUUCUGGUCCAUCAGGAAAAGAGGGCACUAAGGGUGAUCCUGGCCCUCCUGGAGGACCCGGUAAAGAUGGUCCUCCUGGACUGAGAGGCUUCCCCGGUGAAAGAGGACUUCCUGGAACUCCUGGAGGCGGUGGACUGAAGGGCAGUGAAGGACCUGCUGGACCUCCCGGACCUGCUGGUUCUCCCGGUGAGAGAGGAUCUGCUGGUACAGCUGGACCAGUUGGACCACCUGGCAGACCCGGCCCACAGGGACCACCAGGGCCCUCUGGAGAGAAAGGUGUACCCGGUGAGAAGGGUCCGAUUGGCCCGGCUGGUCGGGAUGGAGUCCAGGGACCAGUUGGCCUCCCAGGCCCAGCUGGAUCACCAGGUGUGCCAGGAGAGGACGGAGACAAGGGUGAGGUCGGGGAGCACGGUCAGAAGGGAGCCAAAGGAGCAAAGGGAGAGCAUGGUCCUCCUGGUCCACCCGGGCCCAUGGGUCCAGUCGGUCAACCUGGUCCAGCUGGUGCUGAUGGAGAGCUGGGACCCCGGGGCCAGCAGGGCCCAUUUGGAGCUAAAGGUGACGAAGGAUCCAGGGGCUUCCCCGGAGCACCGGGUCCAAUUGGACUGCAGGGAUUACCUGGACCUCCAGGAGAGAAGGGAGAGACAGGUGAUGUUGGCCCACUGGGACCCCCCGGCCCUCCAGGUCCCCGCGGCCCUGCAGGACCCAACGGUGCUGAUGGAACACAAGGACCUCCUGGUGGUUUGGGUAAUCCUGGGCCCAUCGGUGAAAAGGGAGAACCCGGAGAGGCAGGACCACCAGGCAUUGGAGGAGAACCCGGAAAGAAGGGACCGCGAGGAGAGCGUGGAGAGAAGGGUGAAGCAGGACAACCAGGAACUGCUGGACCUCCAGGAGGACGAGGAACGCGUGGAGAUGAUGGACCCAAAGGAAAUCCUGGUCCAGUUGGUUUCCCUGGUGAUCCUGGUCCACCUGGUGAGGUCGGGCCGAGGGGCCAAGAUGGCGCUAAAGGAGAGCGAGGAGAAGAUGGAGAGCAAGGAGAAUCUGGCUCUCCUGGACCACCCGGUGAGAAUGGACCUGUGGGACCUCCAGGAAAGAGGGGUCCAGCUGGGACCCGAGGUCCAGAGGGUCGACAGGGAGAGAAGGGAAGCAAGGGAGACCCCGGCGCUGUUGGUCCACCAGGAAAGACAGGCCCAGUCGGACCCCAGGGUCCUGCAGGCAAACCUGGAACUGAAGGUCUGCGUGGACUUCCUGGAUCAGUUGGCGAGCAAGGAUCUCCAGGACCGUCCGGACAGAAGGGACCACCAGGACCAAUUGGUCCUUCUGGUUUGCCCGGUCUCCGUGGUGAACCUGGUUCCAAGGGAGAAAAGGGACACCCAGGUCUUCUCGGUCUUAUCGGACCUCCGGGCGAGCAGGGAGAGAAAGGAGACAGGGGAAUGCCCGGGCCUCACGGGUCCAACGGUGCUAAAGGAGAGACUGGAAUGCCUGGUGGAACUGGACCUAUCGGCCCCGCUGGUCCACCCGGUUUGCCUGGUCCCCAAGGUGUCAAAGGAGCAAAGGGUGCCUCUGGAGGAGCUGGUCCAAAGGGAGAGAAAGGUGUUCCAGGACCUCCUGGUCCUCCGGGCCCAGCAGGCGAAGUCAUCCAGCCUCUGCCCAUUCAGAGGAGCCCCAAAUCCAAACGUUCCAUCGAUGCCAGCCAGCUUCUCCCAGAGUCCGACAUGGCCUCUGACGCCACAGGCGCAGAGUUCCUGAUGGGCAGUGAAGGAAUGGAAGAGAUCUUUGGCUCUCUGAACUCGCUACGACAGGAGAUCGAGACCAUGCGCUUCCCCUUGGGCACCCAGGAGAGUCCUGCCCGCACGUGCCAGGACCUGCACCUCAGUCAGCCAGAGCUCAAAGAUGGGGAGUACUGGAUUGACCCCAACCAGGGCUGCUCAAGAGAUUCCUUCAAGGUCUUCUGCAACUUCAGUAACGGGGCAGAGACAUGCCUGCACCCCAGCACAAGCAUCGAAAAGAUUCAGAUGAGCUCCUGGGACAAGGAGACUCCUGGAUCCUGGUACAGUAAAUUUGCCACUGGCAGCAAGUUCUCCUACGUGGACUCCAACGGCGAGCCAGUCGGUGUGGUGCAGCUCGGCUUCCUGCGUCUCCUGAGCGUGCAGGCCCGACAGAACCUCACCUACCACUGCCAUCGUUCGGUGGCCUGGUCCGACCGAAAUUCCAAGAACAGCUACGGCAGGGCGUUGCACCUUCAAGGCGCCAACGAGGAGGAGCUGAGCUACCAGACCAACCCAUACAUCAAAGCUCUGGUGGACGGCUGCUCUUAUCGUAAAGGCUUCGACAGGACGGUCCUGGAGGUCAACACCCCUCAAGUGGAGCAUCUUCCUCUGCUGGACAUCAAAGUGUCGGACUUUGGGGAGAGCAACCAGCAGUUUGGAUUUGAAGUUGGACCUGUCUGUUUCCAAGGCUAAACACACACACUCAUCAUACGGAGGACACUAAUACACACAUGCACUUAGACACACACACACACACGAACACACGCACACACAUACACACACACACACACGAUCAACACGGUAAUUUGUAAAUGUCCUUGUAAAUGAUAAACACAUCCACAAAGAUGCUUUUCUCAGACAAACUCAAGUCGGAGUCUGAAGCACACAACAUCCUCCCCACAUGUCAUGGACGUCACAGCAGAGGAGUCUCCAGAAAAUCGCUUGCCCGCGAGACUCCGGGAGCCUCGUCCCGAACACGACAGCGAGCGAGCGGCUCGACCGCAAGACGCGCCAUCCGAAGCCCCUCCUCUCUGACUAACUCCGCCUCUUCCUCCCGGCUCCUCACACUGCGGGCAACAUGACUGACAAUCGGAAAGUGUGACCCGAUGUGUGUUGGAGAUGUUUGUUAACAGCAGAAUUGAAGCGCCUUGAAUAAAUGCUGCAUCAGCUGGAUCCCUGCAGGAAUGGUUGUGCCGUCAUUGAAAGUAGGUACGAACGUCCAAAGCUAAAACUUGAGCUCUUUAGAUUUACUCUUAGCAUUGUUAGCUUUUAGCAACUUGUUUUUACAGGCACCAUGCUGGAGACUAUCUCUCAAAUGUGGCAACCAACGUUGUUAGCGACCUCCACUUGUCAGUUUUCUUUGUCCUUCCAGCUUCAAGUGAGGUAUGCGAGGUGUUCUCUGACCAGAGUGGACAGUCCCUAGAUGCUCUUCUUCUUGCUAACUGUUCCAUUUCUUCCCAACUAGCUUGCUGCUACCACAGCGGUAGAGGCUAGCAUUUUCUUAAAAGCCAAACAUGGUGGAUGUAUCAUGCUAACGCUCCUCUUGUCGGCUUCGCGGAUCGAAGGACAGCUGAAAAUGAUAGGCCAGCAACAGGAUGACAUCAUCUGCAAACAGUGUUAGACAAUAAAUUGUCAAUCAUGUUGCUCGCAUUAGCAUGAAGCCGACUGAAGGAACGGAGCUGGGGUUUGUCCUCACCGUGGUCUCUAAAAUCACUGUUUAUUUCGCGAGGCUCGGAUAAGAAUCUCAGUGGGGCAGACGAAUUGAAAGCCAUUAUUUUUGUGAUCAUUUUGUUGUCUUUUUUUUGUACUUUCCAAAAGGGCUUAUUUACAUUCUGCAUGGCCUGAAACACCAGCAUUUAUUGACUCUGAAGAUAUUUUCCUUCCUGCUUUACCAAAACAAACUGUGUCAUGGUGCUAAUUAUCGCAAAAAGCUUUAGCCGUCUAACUUCCUGCCACGAAUCUUCUACCUGGGGAAAAUGUGCAUUACAUUCCAUUUGUACAGAAAUAGUGAUAUUCUAUUGUAUUUAUUUGAAAAGAAAACAAUCAGGGUGCUUUGAGAUUAAUCAAUAAAGAGACCAGCAGAUACUCCAGUCCACAGUGGUUUACUCUGUAUUUAUUUCCUGUAGCCCACGGACUCACCUCCAGCCCUGAGUCCACGCUCACUCUGUACCACCCGAGAAUCUGUGGCCACCUUUCGAUGUCGGGUCCCUUUUGCUAGUGUUUGCCUCCACUGUACUGUUCAUUGUUGCAUCCACUGUAACGAUUAAAUGGUGACUCUUUCCAGCGCUGUCGCGCCUUCUUCUGGUGACUCUCCACCCGAGGUCCUUAGAACCGCAGUUACGCAGUUGGAGUGUAUCGCCAGACCAUAAUAAUCCCUAGGAAGUAAAGGUUUUGCAUUUGCAAUGACCUAGUUAUUCCAGCUGGGCCAAUGAAGCUUUGUUUUUUUUGAGGUUCACUAGGUGGCGGUCUCCUGUUUAAAACGCAAUAGAGCAAGCAGCGCCCUCUAGUGGGCCCAGAAAACGAAGCUUCAUGAGGUGUUCUUUUCUGAGCUCACUAGGUGGCACUCUCCAUUUCACACAGUUCAAGAACCAAAUGUUAUAGAGCAGAGAGUGCCCUCUAGUGGGCUCUGAGAACAAUGUUUGGGGUUUUUUUUAAAGCCGGUUGUGUGACAUCAAACAGCAUAAGACGUUUGAAGGGGAAUGUUCUGUGCAUCGCUCUCGAUAUGACCAACUUGUGACGGGCUGAUGAGGCGCCAUGAAACACCGCCCUCACUUCCAGGGCCCACUAGAUGGCGCUAUCUGCUCAAUAAUCCUCAGGUGG